AUUUCUAUUUCUAUUUCUAUUUCUUUAUUCUUCCGUCAAUCAAAACAUCUUGCCGUGUCGAUCGUCUACGUAGGUAGAUGCGAUUGUGGUCAAAAUGGCUUACAACCAGCCAGGAGGUGAAGCUGCCUCGUAUUAUAACAACACACAACAGGCACCUAGUCAAUACGGACAACCUCAGUACGGACAACCUCAAUAUGGACAACCUGGUCCAGGCCCUCAAGGUCAAGGUCCAGCCCCAGGUCCGAAUAAUGGAAAUGGCUAUGGCAACGAGAAACCCAUGUUCGAUCAAGCCUUUAAGCUGGAACGCCCCAAAUACAACGAUUUGUGGGCCGGCAUUCUUUUCCUCAUCGUCGUCGCUGGUUUCGUUGUUGUCUCUGGUAUCUCGAUCAAUGGUUAUGCUUCCAACAAACACUUUCAGGGGGGUGGCAUUUAUGACUCCGGCUCACAAGUCGGACUGAAUACCAACACCCUCAUCCUGUUCGCUUUUGUGCUAUGUGUCUCCAUCGUCUUCAGCUAUGUCUAUGUAUUACUGGCACGCCAGUUUCCUAAACAGUUUAUCUGGAUAACUGGCAUUCUCAACAUCGUUUUUGGCCUCGUCACCGCAAUCUACAUGCUCACCCGCCACUACUACUCUGGCGGCAUCGUAUUUUUGAUUUUUGUGGGCUUCCUGAUCUUCGCCUUCAUCUCCUGGAUUCCACGUAUCCCUUUCAGUGCGCUAAUGCUCAAGACGGCUGUCGAUGUGUCGAAGACUUACGGUCAUGUUUACCUAGUGAGUGCGCUUGGCGGCCUUUGUGCAACCGCUCUGGCUGCAUGGUACUCUGUCACCUUAGUAGCCGUGUAUGCCAAGUUUUCCCCAGGGCAAAAUCCAGCUUGCGCGCAAGGGGCUGGUGGCUGUAGCAGCGCUAAAGUUACUGGCCUGAUCGUUUUCAUCACGUUCGCAAUGUACUGGAUGUCGGAAUGGCUGAAGAAUACCAUCCACACCACUAUCUCCGGAGUCUAUGGAUCCUGGUAUUUCCAUCCCCACAACCUCCCUAGGGGCGCUACUAGAGGCAGCCUCAAAAGAGCCCUCACAUACAGCUUCGGUUCCAUAUCUUUCGGCUCCUUAAUUGUCGCCAUCAUCAACUUCCUAAGACAAAUGUGUUCAGUUGCUCGGCAAAACGAGGCGGGCCAGGGUAAUAUCAUUGGGGUUGUCAUGUUUUGGAUUCUCGGGUGUCUUAUCGGAAUCCUCGACUGGGCAGUCCAGUUCCUGAACCGUUACGCUUUCUCGUACAUCGCGCUCUACGGCAAGUCCUACAUCGCUGCUGCUAAGGAUACAUGGAAUAUGAUCAAGCAGCGAGGUAUUGACGCUCUCAUCAAUGAAUGUCUCAUCGGCCCCGUACUUUCUAUGGGAGCAACGUUUGUGGGCUAUGCAACAAGCCUAUUAGCCUACUUAUUCCUUGUAUUCACUAGGCCAGCGUACAAUGCUGACGGCUCUUACACCGCUGUUGUGGUGGCCUUCGCUUUCCUCAUCGGUCUACAAAUUUGCAAUAUCUUCACAACACCGUUGAGCAGCGGCAUCGACACAAUCUUCGUAGCGACUGCGUGGGAGCCUCAGGCAUUGAUGCAGAACCAUCCCGACAUAUACGAUGCCAUGGUAAGAGUUUAUCCUCAAGUGCAAGUGGCCAUCCACGCCUAAUCACUAGGUAUGAGGUCUCACUCUUCUGUCACGGCUGUGCCAUUUCGUGACAUGGGCGCGAUCCAACUUUGGUCGAAGCAUAAAAACACGAAACCCAAUUCUUGGAGCAUAAUGGGUAAUGGGGUGUAAUUGUAAGUGAUUUGGGCUCACUUGCUUGGCAGGAGGUCAGAAUGGAUAAUAGUAAUUGUUGUAAUGUCACCAUACGCCUAGGGUAUCGCAGAAUAAUCCCAUAGAUAGGGGUCGAGCCCGACACAGGUAGAUUGGCGCGAAGUUUUUUGGUGCUACAAACACUUAUCAAGUUAAUUUUUUCAUUACACUGAUCAA